ACCAAAAUGAGGCAUAAUCAGCUAUGUUGUGAGACACCUCCUACUGUCACUGUUCACGUAAAAUCAGGGUCCAAUAGAUCACAUCAACCUAAAAAAUCCAUUAAUCUGAAGCGUCCUAUUUUUAAAGAUAGUUGGCCAGCAUCUGAAAAAAAUGCACAUAAUAGCAAGUCUAAACGCCCCAAAGGACCCUGUCUAGUUAUACAGCGUCAGGAAAUGACUGCUUUCUUUAAAUUGUUUGAUGACGAUUUAAUUCAAGAUUUCUUAUGGAUGGACUGCUGCUGUAAAAUUGCAGACAAGUAUCUUUUGGCUAUGACCUUUGUUUAUUUCAAGAGGGCUAAAUUUACUAUAAAUGAACACACCAGGAUAAAUUUCUUUAUUGCUCUGUAUCUGGCUAAUACAGUUGAAGAAGAUGAAGAAGAAUCCAAGUAUGAAAUUUUUCCAUGGGCUUUAGGGAAAAACUGGAGAAAAUUAUUCCCUAAUUUCUUAAAGUUAAGGGACCAACUCUGGGAUAGAAUUGACUAUAGGGCUAUUGUAAGCAGGCGAUGCUGUGAAGAGGUCAUGGCCAUUGCUCCAACCCAUUAUAUAUGGCAACGAGAGCGCUCUGUGCAUCACAGUGGAGCUGUCAGAAACUACAACAGAGAUGAAGUUCAGCUGCCCCGGGGACCUAGUGCCACACCAAUAGAUUGUUCAGUUUGUGGUAAAAAAAGAAGAUAUGUUAGACUGGGACUGUCUUCAUCAUCAUCAUCAUUUGGUGAUAUGGUAGAGGUGGUAGAAAAACAGUCUCAAGAAUCACACAACUCAUUCUCAAUGGACAUAUCAGUUGAUCCUUCUCAAGCUUAUAGCUAUCCACAAGGUAUGAUUUAGUGAUGUUAGAAUGAGAUAUAUGUAAGUUAUUAAUAAAUCCAAGUUAAUUUAUUGACCAGUAGUCCUCACAGGCAGAGGUACAUAAAUUAUAUACAAUGAAUUAAAUUAGCACUGACUUUUCCCAUUUCAUUUGUUUUAUGCACUGGAAUCAUUAUUUUGUUGUGGUAGCUUACCUAAACUACAUUUUAAAUGUGACUUAUGCUAACUUGAAACCCAAUACAUUAUGAGUUGACAACUAUAUUGUUUUAAGUAUUUUAAGAGAC